AUGAGCUACGUAGCGCUGCGCGUCGGGUCAUGCGUCACACUGACUCACACACACCACUACCAGGGCUACCCGAACCCGUCUACCAUUUCCAACGCACCAGACGAGUCCCCCGCUCAGCUCUACACCGAGAAAACAUGGCUGGCUGGUAGCAUCUUGACCGGUGUCGGCUAUGGUGUUGUCCUCGCUCUUUUCUGGCUCUGUCUGCGCUCAUUAUGGCACCGUACUCGAGUAAAAGAUGCAGAUUACACUAGGAAUUGCUUUUUUCUCGGCUAUGUCUGUGUCAUGUUCCCCCCAGGAUCGCUUUUCAUGGACUCCAACCCCCAAUUCACUCAGCUCGCCUUCAUCAACGAUCGAAAUUAUCCUGGUGGUCCCAGUACAUGGGAGGUCGAGAUGUUUUCCAUCAGUUUGGAUGAGAUUUCCAAUGUCUCUUUUGUUCUGGCAGAUUGGUGUUCUACAGCCCUCAUGGCCUGGCGCUGUGCGAUCAUAUACCGUAACUGUGGAACUUUCCUCGGCAUCCUCUUUCUCUACCAGAUCUCAUCCCCAUUAUCAUCCCCAUACUACGCCACUGGCACAACCAUGAAUUUCACUUUCCCAUACUUCUUCUUCGAACUCACUGUCAAUAGGGCAUCGCUGCUCAUCGAUGAGCAUCCCGCGCCAAGGGCACGGCGCUUGUUGAGAGGCUCCUCAACUCGACUUCUUCCAGCGAUGGUUCCGACGACAAUUCAGAAUCCGAAGACGACUUCUAUCUAUUCCAUAUCUCAGCCAGUCACAGGGGCCAGUCGCGACGGAAUAAUAGAUGCUAUGACGGACGGUGUAAUGUAGGCUAAUAUUAUGCUUUUUCCAUGUGCUCCUUAUCCGAAUACCCUUUGACAUGAUGUCGGUU